GACAUUAUUGUUGUAACACUGCAUGGCAGUUGAGGCAGUGAUGUAGACCGAGGUGAACGUUCUUCAAGUUGCAAUAUUAUUUUUUUUUAUAAAUAACUCUUUUGCUCACAUCUAUGAGAUAUUUUUCCAAAUAAUAUCUUUAGAGCGAUCGUUGUCCUUCUACUACCAUGGCCUCGCUGUCCGAGGAGGUGCUCCUGGUGCUGAAGAAAGUCCGACAGAGGAAGCAGGACGGUACGCUGUACCUAAUGGCGGAGCGCAUCGCCUGGGGCCCCGAGGGCAAGGACCGGUUCACCGUCAGCCACUUGUAUUCAGAUAUCCGCUGUCAGAAGAUCAGUCCAGAUGGGAAAGCCAAAAUCCAGCUCCAGCUUGUGCUUCACACUGGGGAGAGCAGCACAUUCCACUUCUCCAACGAUAGCAGUGCCCUCACGGACCGGGAAGCUGCCAAGGACCUUCUGCAACAGCUGCUGCCCAAGUUUAAGAAGAAGGCCAAUAAGGAACUGGAGGAGAAGAAUAGAAUGCUGCAAGAAGACCCGGUACUUUUCCAACUGUACAAGGACCUGGUGGUCAGCCAAGUGAUCAGCGCUGAGGAGUUCUGGGCCAACCGGAUGAGCACGACCAACACGGAGAACACUCUGUCCGACAAGAAGCAGGAUGUGGGCAUAUCUGCAGCCUUCCUAGCUGAUAUCAGACCUCAGACAGACGGCUGCAAUGGCCUGAGGUACAACCUGACGCCUGACAUCAUCGAGUCCAUCUUCCGAACAUACCCGGCAGUGCAACAGAAGUACGGUGAGAACGUGCCUCACAACCUCACUGAGAAGGAGUUCUGGACGCGCUUCUUUCAGUCCCACUACUUCCAUCGAGACCGCAUCAGUACGGGCGCCCUGGACAUCUUCUCAGAGUGCGCGAAGCAGGAUGAAAAGGGUCUAAAAUCGAUGGUGGUGCAAGGUGUAAAGAAUCCGCUGGUGAACCUCCUGUCAUUGGAGGAUAAAACAAUAGAAGAGGGCUAUGGCUUUUCCGCAGCUGCUUCUACAUCCAAUCCCAACAGGACCGGUAAGGAGAACAGCAACUCUGCCAUCAUAAAGCGUUUCAACCAUCACAGUGCCAUGAUACUUGCCGCCGGCUCGCGGAGAGGUGAUGCGCCAAACGACCAAGCUAGCGAGACUAGCAGUACAGACGGAAACUCCAGGGAUUCUGAUCUCUUCCAGCCCCCCAUUAAAAAGGUGAAGUUACAAGAAGCCAUCGAUUAUUUGGAUCUUCAAAGAGAAGAUGGACCAAAAACCGUGGCAUUGAACCUUAAAAAAUCAGACAGGUAUGCCCAUGGUCCUGUGCCACUUGAGUCUCAAAAGUACACCACCAGUCAGGACAUCAUCAACUCUAUCACCUGUAUUCGACACGAGAUGGCCAACUACGUACCAAACCUAGCUCAGGUGUUAACCAGCAGUGCUGUGAGUUCUGCCAUCGCUGCUCUGUCUCCAGGAGGAGUCUUAAUGCAGACAGGCACGCAGCAAGCCAUAAACCAGAUGGUGCCCAGUGAGGUUCAGGGAGAGUUAAAACAUCUGUACAUCGCUGCUGGGGAGCUGUUGCGACACUUUUGGACAUGUUUUCCUGUAAACAGUCCCUUCUUAGAGGAGAAGGUGGUCAAAAUGCGGUCUAACCUGGAAAGAUUCCAGAUGACCAAACUGCGGCCCUUUCAAGAGAAGGUCCAACGACAGUAUUUAAGUGCCAAUAUUACCGGCCACUUGGAGGAGAUGUUGCAAACGGCCUACAACAAAUUACACGCCUGGCAAACCCGCCGGAUGAUGAGAAAGAUCUGAGGGGUGGACAGCCUAUCUAACGCGGGACGUGGAUCAGCUAAACGUGGACGAGGGAUGGUAGAGACAUGUCGGACUGCUGGCACAGACUCAACAGACUGGGCUCACAUGAGUCUGAUAUAGAUAGGAACUAUUACAUCCCUACAUGUGCAUCAGAUACUCAUUUAGUGUUGGUUACCUUCGACAAGCUCUGCGUUUCCCAUGAUGAAUGGGGUCAUCAUUGUGAACCUCAUAGGGAAUCUGAGACCGCUCUCAGGAAAACAGGAGGCAUUGGAUGGAGAAGACGGGAGGCAAUUUCAAUGGUGCGUAGAGCAAGACUUGUGGAAGAGAAAUUGCAAAUGCAAUUGACCCUAAUUGCACACCAGGUGAAUACAGGGAUCUUUUUCCACGUAACCUGGACGUAGAGGGGAGUUUAUGUAGCAAUAAGGCCUUUUACAUUUCAGUGUUUAAAGUAUGGUCCAAUCCUGCUUACAGCUCACUGGUAUGUUACGUCUGCACCUUCUAUCUGCACUGAAGAAAUGUUCAUUGGAAUGAAAAGAAAAGUGUUUUUGGUUCUGUAAUAAAAAACGAAAGAAAAUGA